AUGCCUUCAAUACUUCAAGCAUUUUAUGCCCUUGCCCUUCUCAACUUAGUACUCGCCGCUCCGCAUCCAGCGCAAAAGCGAAGCUUCAAAGUCGAACGAGUUGCGAAUCCUAAUUAUGUCGGCCGAACACCUGGUGCCGGUACCAGAGCUCUCAUCAAGGCAUACAACAAGCAUUCCAUGACUCUUCCAAGUUCAUUGGUCGAAGCCUUGAACUCUGAUACCAACCCUGCCUUCCCAGAAGGAAACUCCAAAGCCGCAACUGGAAGCACAACCGCCGUAGCCGCGGCGGCAAGUGGUAGCGGAACUGCAGGAACUACUGGUCUUGUCGUUGCUAUGCCAGAGACCGGAGAUACUGAAUAUUUGUCGCAAAUCAAUAUUGGUGGACAAACCAUGACUAUGGACUUCGACAGUGGAUCAUCUGAUCUUUGGGUCUUUAGUACUCAACUUGCAACCGCCUCUCAAUCUGGUCACCAAAACUUUGACCCCUCCAAAUCGAAGAGCUUCAAGAUGAUGCAAGGUGCUACUUGGUCCAUCUCAUAUGGUGACGGAUCCGGAGCUGCUGGUAACGUUGGAACUGACACUGUCAACAUUGGAGGAGCAACUGUCACUGGACAAGCAAUCGAAAUGGCUACCGCCGUCUCCAGAUCAUUCGUCGCUGAUACUCAGUCUAACGGACUUGUCGGACUUGCAUUUUCCAAACUCAACACUGUCAAGCCUGCUCAACAAAAGACCUUCUUCGACAAUGCCAUGUCACAAGGUCUCGCCAUGCCAGUUUUCACUGCCGAUCUCCGCAAAGCCUCUGCUGGAUCCUACGAAUUCGGAAACAUUGAUUCUAGCAAGUUCAACGGAUCGCUCAGCUGGGCCGCUGUCAACACUACUCAAGGAUUCUGGCAAUUUAGCUCCACCAAAUUCACCGUUGGUGGUGGUGCCGCAACUGCUGUACCAAAUGGACAAGCUAUUGCUGACACCGGAACCACUCUUAUGUUGGCCGACCCCAACAUCGUCAAUGGUUACUAUAGCAAGGUUCAAGGUGCUGUCAACGACCAAAGUGUCGGAGGUGUUACAUUCCCUUGCUCAGCCAAAUUGCCAGACUUGGCAGUCGAUGUUGGAGGAAACUAUAUGGCUGUUGUCCGUGGUGAUGAUAUCAACUAUGCACCUGUUGAUAACACUGGUAAAACCUGUUUCGGAGGUCUCCAAGCCACAACCUCCAAUCUCCAAAUUUACGGUGACAUCAUGUUCAAAUCUCAAUUUGUCGUAUUCAACGGGGGCAACAAUACCCUUGGAAUGGCUCCUCAUCAAGGCUAG